GUUACGGAGGCGACCGGCUUGCAGACCGCACAUCGCACGGCCGUCGGGGACUCGCCGAAGCUUGUCGGUCGCGCUCUGCCCGGCUAUGUCGUGGCCCUUUCCGAGGAGGGCGAGAUCCUCCUGGCGGGCCGCGGCCUCGCGCGUGGAUACUUGGGUCGCGAGGAGGAGACGCGAAAGCGCUUCGUGGACCUCCCCGCCCUGGCGAAGGCUACGAAGGUGGCGCCAAAGGCCUACUGUACCGGCGACCUGGGCUUCAUGGGCCCUCAGGGCUUGGUGCUGAAGGGGCGCCGAGACCACCAGGUGAAGAUCUCUGGAGUUCGCAUCGAGCUCUCCGAGGUCGAGCUGGCCAUUUCGGCUGCUGGGCUCAGCUCGGCCUGUGCGGUGGUGGUGGCUGAGGGCGCGCUUGUCGCCCACGUGGCGCUCGGCGACCAGACCCUGGACUGGAUCCUCCGUGCGGCCUUGGAG